AUGACCAGCGCAGCGGUGUUUGGCUCAACAGGAGCCGUCGGCUCCCAGAUCCUCGCGGCACUUUUGGCCGCCGACUAUGUCGCGUCCGUGAAGACGAUAUCCAGAAGACUACCAAAUGCUUCGUCGCCCAAACUUGAAGCAAUCCAGGAGAGCGACACUACAAAAUGGGGAUCCACUAUCUCCACUCUUCUGCCCAGACCCUCGGUAGUUUUCAACGCAGUCGGCACCACUCGGGCAGCAGCGGGCGGUAUCGAGAACCAGUGGAAAAUCGACCACGACUUGUGCAUCGAGAAUGCCAAAGCAGCAAAGGAGGCGGGAGUGGCCACAUAUGUUUUCAUUUCGAGUUCAGGCACGGCUGGCUUUCCGUCUCGCUACCUGCCCUACUCCAAGAUGAAGAAUGGUGUCGUGAACGCUAUUAAAGAACUCGAUUUCGACCAAGCGAUUGUCCUGCGACCGGGGUUGAUUAUCGGGAGGGAGAAGCCAAAAGCCCCCUUUUUUGAGAAGCUUGGAGAAGGUUUGAAGACCGUUUUUGGACAAGGUGUCCAAGACAAGAUAGCCCAGGAUCAAGAGGUCAUCGGAAGAGCAGCGGUAGCGGCAGCUCGUAUGGCCGAGGAGGGGAAAGCGCCUUCGAAAUUUUGGGUUCUUGAACAGUCUGAUAUAGUGAAGCUGGGCAGGGACAAGUGGGGGGUCUUGAACAAGCUCUUGAUUCACCUUGCCAUGAGGGCCUUGUUCUGUAAGAUAAGGAGAUAA